CUGCCAUAAUCGCCGUGUUUUGGGUGAACGUUUGGCUCGUGCAGACCCGCGAAAAACAAAGUGCGUGUUAGCAAGUGCGAAGUGCGUGUUUACCUACGGUGCGCAGAAGCUUCCGAUGGACGAUGCAAGUAAGCUGAGUGAGGGUCCAGGUUUGACCUGUGUCCAUGAGCCUUGCUGGCGGGGCCUCGUGCGUGAUCCACUUGAUGGAAGUGACUUCUGCCUGGCCUGUGGUGCUCAUCUGGUGCUUUACUGCUCCCAACACUGGAGUGCACCUCGUGCAGCAGCUGCGGUUCGAGCUUUGGCUUCAGCUCUUCACGACUUGCCCCAGCCUCUUCCAGGCCCACUGCGCACUGCUGCUGCUCCCCCCAUCUGGUCCAUGGUUGCAGCGGCUUUGCACUCAUUCAUAGGCCGUACUCCUGACACUGAAGCUAUGUAUGCAGCUGCACAUGGUAUGUGCCGUGCUGUUACAUUGCUUUCUUUGUCGGGGAUGCCUGAUGCCCCUGACAUGUUCAAGAUGACUGUUGAAGACGUUGUUGACAGUGUGUGCCUGGCAAGUAGCAGCUGCCCAGAGAAGACGGAAGCACAGCUAACAGUCUUGGCAGUGAUGGCUGGCGUGGAUUCUGCAGCAGUGGGCAAAGCCAUUGCGUUGAGGACUGGUGAGGUGGAAGCUGCUCUAGUGCGGCACCUUGCAUCAUCGUCAUCAUCCGAGUGCACUCUCCAGCACCUUGCCCGCCUUCUUUCUCGCCUGUGUGAAGAUGGCAUUUCACUACGCAAAGCACUGCUGCCGCACGUGCUCCAUCGGUCUGCUGUAGUUCUACAUAUGUCUCGCAGCCCUCAGCUUCAGGAAGAGUUACUGCAGGACCUAUGCCAGUUGCUGCCCUGGGCCCUUGCAAGCUCCUCCCCGCCGCCUAAUGAGAUAGACUCUGUCUCAAAGCUGCUGGGCUCUCUGAAGGCAGUCGUGCUGCAAGCCAAGCAAGUGUCACUACGCAUGGCAGCAACCCACUGCAUUACUGCCCUUGUGUGCACGCCAGCUGCCACACUGUGUGCCCAGCUCCACUUGCCUGAUGUGCUUGUGGAGUGUCUUGCAUCAGCAGAUGCCCUCUUUCUUGAGUCUCUGGUGAAAUGCCUCUGCCGCUUCAGCCAGUGUCCUGUGUUUUAUGAGAACCUCCUUGUUGCCUAUGCUCUUCAACCUCUGUUAAUGUCUGCAAGCCAGCUGGUGACAUCCAAACGAAUGGACGCUGCAGCAAAUGCUCUCAGCCUGCUUCAGGAACUACUUUCCAGGCAGCAAACCUUUAGGGCAAGUCAUGACCUUGUGAAGUUGUUUGUGCAACAUCUGUCUGAUCAAAUGGCUACGGGUCACCAGGCGGUAGUGUUGGCUGCGCUCGAGGUGUUUGGAGAACUGUGCAGUGGAUUUAUUCUUCCCACUCCUGUGCCCUUGGCUCUGCUGAGACAGCAUGUUAAGGUCUGCAUGGACUCUUUGUCUAACGCAUUGGCCUCAUCAUGUGGAAGCUGUUCCGGUGAAGCAGUCACUGCUGCUGCUGGCCCUUCAGUGCCACUUUCUAGGAGCCAGGAGCAGGAUUUAAUGGAAGGCAGGCUCCUCUGUGCUGGCCUGCACCUUUUGCUUCGAUGGGCAGAGGUGCACAGGUACAUGUGCCAAGAUCCUGCAGCUAACGAAGAUUCCUAUGGAUUGGAGUUGACGCCUGAGGACCGACUGAACUGGCUGGUGUCUUUUGUUGUAGGGCAACUCGUUGCUGUUUUCCUGCCUCACUGUCAGCACUGCCAGCAGCCUCGUGCCUGUGAGAAGUUUCUGGAGUGCCUGUGCAUGGCGUUCUGCCUUGCAGAGGAGCACAGCGCCACCAUGGCACUCCAAGUGCUGGAAGAGCGCCACGUGCUGCUACCCUUCUUGUGGGACAUUAGGGUGCACCAGAAGGAGCUAAUUCAGCUCACUGGUGUAGCAUUUGCCUGGUUUCUGUGGUUUGCUGCCGGGGAUUUCCGAGACGCUGAUUUGCUGGCCACCAUCCAGAUGGGGUGCCAAAGUUUGCCUGAUUCAUUUGCAGAGUGCCUGCACUUGCUGCUCCAGAGCCACAGGACGCAUUCCGAUGUUCAGCUGGCCGUGCUUAUGCUGUGUGUCCUCCAGUGGGAGCAGCUUUCGUGCAGUCAAGAUGACAGUGCUGGACCUGAGCUUGAGGAAAUGGAGCCACCACCGCUGUGUUUUGCCACUGCAGUGGCCAAUUAUGUGCUCAUCAAUGGCUACGCCAGCUGCCAGAGUCUUCUGGUGCUUUCACUGCUCUGCCAAAUGAUACCGUCCAUUGCUUGUUCCAGUCGUGGCGACAAGAAUCUGGUAAAAGCAGCGAGCCAGUGGCUGCUCAAGUACUUGCACGAGAGGGGUCAUUGGAAAGACGUGCUAGUUCCUGAACAGCAUGUCCUGCUGUGGUGCGUUUCGACCAGUUACCACCAGGAGCUGCUGGGAAACUAUGCGUUCUGUGAGUGGAUGGAGCUACUCGAAUUGCCCGAAGGCCUGGAGGUGCAUCUUAGUAACUCACAGGUAGCACUUAAACCUUUGGUGAGGCUGCUUACUUCCUCAGAUGAAGGUAUGGCAGAGAAAGCAGUUCGUUUUGUCAAGGCAUUGCUCCGAAAGAGUCCUGCCACUGAGGCUGUAGGACACCGCCUGCGAACUGAACUUCUAUGCUUAUCUGUGGAGAAGUUCACUGACAUCUGGCACCAGCGAACAGCGGCAACAGCCCAUCUAGAAGAAGAAAACCAGCUGAAGGUGGUACGACAGGCAGCGCAAGGCGCCAGGGAGACAGAAUGCACUGCCCAGCUAGAAGAAGAAAAGCGCGUGAAGGAGGUGCCACAUAGCAUGGUGCCACCUCUCGAGGCUACGCAAAAUCCGCACCGUGGAUCUCGUGGACUGCUGGCAUUCAAAAGAGCACAGGGUGUCAUCCGAAUGACAAGGUGUGUCUCCUUUGGUCCCACUGCAGACAGAUGUCUCUGGCAACUGCUUGAACUUGUGGUGCUGUGUAGGGAUGCUUCCUUAGAAGGGCUCAUUGUGGUUGAAGAGCUGAAGCAACUUUUCGAGAAGGUUAUGCACUUGACCUUGGAGUCCAACGUGUCACAUGCGAGCACUGCACUUGCCUACUUCUUGUUCGUGCUCAAAGCUGUCGACGUGGAUAGAGAUAGUGCCGCCUCUCUGCUGCUAUUCAGUGGCCAAUGGUUGGGAUGGCUGGAGUCGCAACUGGCCGCAGGCACUCCACAUGCUUGGUCACUUCUUGCUGCUCUGGCCUGUAUUCAGGAACCUGCCAAACUUGUGAGCAAAGACACGGUGCGCAUUGCCAUGCGAAACUUCCUGCGUGAACUUGGCCAUGUCGAUCCUGGUCGUGUGCUGCCUGCUUUGACGUUGUUACCAGUGUUGUUGCAUGGCACCUCUGUGGUGCAGAUGUCAUUGCGCUACUGUGACUGCAGCAGUAUUGCCUACAUCCUGGCCACACACAUCGCCAAGCGAGACACCCAGUUGCGAACUGCUGCCCUAGACUGUCUGGAGGUGCUGCUACCUCAUGCACAGCUGUUGGCCGAUGAUGAAGGCUGCCUGAACUGUAUCUCUGCCCACCCAUGGCUAAACCGUGUGCUGCUGCUCAGCUUCUUGAACGAAGACUGCACCAGGCUGCUUUAUCUGCUGCUGGAGGGUGAAAUAGUUAGUGAGUUGCUGGCGAGCCACCUGCCACUGAUCACUGAAAGGCUGUGCCAGGAUGACAGCAGCUUGGCAAGGGCUGUGGCUGCUAAGCUGCUGUCCGGAGUAUACAGCAGCCGGCUCAGCAUUGAAGUUCAGGGACAGCUUCGACAACUGCUCUCCCCCAGCCGUGCCAUCACCAGCGACUCUCCAGAUGCGAGCGACCUCACUCAGUGAGGCGCUUGCUUCAUCUUCGCCCAAUUGCAUCCACUUAUUUAAACAUAGCGGAGUGGAAUUUGGAUAUCGUUUCAGAACAUGUUAGGUGAACAUUAUGAAAUUGACAGGCUAUAUGCUUGUUUUUACAAUGUCUAAUGAUUGCAUUUCUCUUGCCAAUGUCUACUUUUUAAAUGUAUUUUUACUAGCUUUUAUGUUAGCGCAAGGAAAAGUGCUGUAGGACACUGUGAUACUUUUUUCAUGUAUCCCCAAUAGUUGGGGCCCCCCGGUGCACCUUUAUGAAUAAAUAUCUUUUUCUACAGUUUA